AGAUCAUUCAAACAAAUCAAGCAUAUACAAUGUUCGGACGGAAUCAACUUAUACUCGCUUUGUUCUUUGUUUUCCAAAUAACCCAAGCCUUGCAUUUCUACGUCAAGACCGGUGAAACCAAAUGUUUCUAUGAAGAAUUAAUGCAAGAUACCUUGGUUGUGGGUAAAGUUGCUGCUUAUGAAAAGAGAGAAAACAGUGAUGAAUAUGUCCAAAACCACAAUUUAAGAGUUCAAAUAACAGUUGAUGAAACUUUCGAUGAUGACCACAGAGUUGUUGACCAAAAGGCUACCGCUGAAGGGGACUUCACUUUUACUUCAUUAGAUGCCGGAGAACACAAGUUCUGUUUGACUCCAGUCUACCUUGACAAGACCCACAACAAAGUUCACAGAAUCUUUUUCGAUGUUGCUCAAGGUUCCGCUCAUGAUUACGUUGAUUCUAAAUCUGCCAAGUCUGUGGACGAAUUGACUUUAAAGAUUCAACGUUUGUAUGAACAAUUGGAUAAGAUUCAUUGGGAACAAGAAUACAUGAGACAAAGAGAAGCUGAAUUUAGAGAUCAAAGUGAAUCCACCAACUCUAGAGUUGUCAAGUGGACUAUUGUUCAAUUGAUUGUUUUGAUUGGUACUUGUGCUUACCAAUUACGUCAUUUGAAGAGUUUCUUUGUCAAGCAAAAGAUUGUCUAAUCGUUGCAUCAAAGUAUAUAUUAGAACAUAAAGGGUCACUGGUAUUUGUUAUAUUUUAUAGUAGUACCUAGUGCAAAUGUCUGUUGUGUAUACGAAACAAUAAAAGAAGUUAAUAUUUUCUCAUAUGAAUGCCUAAAGUCAAUGUGAUAUCGCUCUAUUUAAGCUAUUCCCUCUUUACAUUCACACUCUUGCUUCUUUCCUAACUCUUGGCAGUGUAACCCAGGUUGGUUUGUACGGCUAAGCUAAGUCAUCUCAUGAUGCGAUAAGAUCUGAAAAAAAUAUAAAUUUCUACAACUAGAUCAAACAAUCAACCACCACCACCAUCACUACCACCACAACCUCAACAGAUGACUUCUCCUACAACAGAAGAUCUUCUUGCAAGGAUAGCAACACUAGAACUAGAGAAUUCCCGUCUUAGAAAGGACAAACCACAACCCGACUUACCAAAGCCCGACCCAUCCUCGCCCACAACUACACUCAGUUUAGAUGAGUACAAACGAUAUGGAAGACAGAUGAUUGUUCCACAAUUUGGCUCUCUUCCCUCACAACUCCGCCUUAAACAAGCUAAAAUCUUAGUUGUUGGUGCUGGUGGAUUGGGCUGCCCUGCCUUGCUCUACUUAUCCGCAGCUGGGAUCGGCACUAUUGGUAUCGUGGAUGAUGACGUAGUUGACAUUAGUAAUUUACACAGGCAAGUAUUGCAUACUUCUGAAAAUGUGGGAAUGUAUAAAUGUGAAUCAGCAAAACUAUACAUUAGUCGCCUUAAUUAUCAUGUCAACGUUGAGACUUAUCCUGUUAGGCUUACUAAUGAUAAUGCGUUCUCAAUAGUUUCCAAAUAUGAUUUGGUGUUAGAUUGCACUGAUCACCCAGCCAUCCGAUACUUGAUCAACGAUGUCUGUGUCAUUUUAAGCAAAACAAUUGUAAGUGGAUCAGGUUUGAAAUCGGAUGGACAACUUUCCGUGUUGAAUUUCCAAACUUACGGACCGUGUUAUAGAUGCUUUUACCCUCAGCCUCCAAGUCCCGAUUCUGUAACUCUGUGUUCUGAUGGUGGAGUUAUAGGACCAGCUAUUGGACUCGUGGGUACAAGCAUGGCCGUGGAGACCAUUAAGGUCCUUACGGGGUAUUACACCCGGGAAAAUUUCAAACCUUUUCUUUCAGUAUAUUCAGGAUAUCCUUUCCAACAAUUCCGAAUGUUUAAAAUGAGAGGCAAGCAAAAAAGUUGUGAGGUAUGUGGGGAGAAACCUAGUGUAACUAGAGACAAGAUUGAACUGAACGAACUUAAUUACGGUGUAUUCUGUGGCAGAGUCACUUUCCCACCUUUAGACAAGCAAUAUAGAAUACUUCCCCUGGAGUACCAUGACUUUGUGCAAAAUAAAAAACAUUUGUUGAUUGACGUAAGACCAAAGGAACAAUUUGCAAUCACAAGUUUGCCAAACUCGAUAAACAUAGAAUGGGAUCCAAUAUUCAGAAAAGCAGAUUCGUUAACUGAAUAUCUUCCAGAAGGAACUUCAAAAGACGAUCCAAUAAUUGUAGUUUGUCGAUUUGGGAAUGACUCACAAUUAGCAGCGCAAAAGCUUAUCAACAUGAACUAUUCUAAUGUCAAGGAUAUAAUUGGAGGUUUGUACAAGUGGAGUGAUGAUGUUGAUGACUCCAUUCCCAAAUAUUAGUACAUAAUUACAUACAUGUAUAUAUCGUUCUACUUUCUGUAUUUUGGAUCUAAUCUCUCAAUAAUUAAAACUCCAGACACUGUCCCUGCAGCAUAGAUUGAACUUCCAUGAACGUUUUCAUUCCAAGCCAAAGCUGAAAUCGCCAAUUCUGGUGGCAUAAUAGACAUCUCUACCGGUGUAUCCACGACCAUCCUUCCAAAAUCCGCCUGUAAAACCACUGUUCCUGGUUUGUCUUCAUCUUCAUCGAAUUUCCAUAAUUGUAAUGGAACAAGUACCCUAUUAGUUGUCUUCUGCCCAUUGAGAAUUUUCCGGCUAUAAUUCAACACGAUUAUUUGUCCCGACAUUGUUCCGGAAAGAUUCAAUGGGUGUCCUAAGAUCUCGGACGCAUGAUUUGAUGUCAAAUAUGAGUCUAGUUUCAAUAAUGAAUGCAUCGUUUCUUGUGGACUGCGAAGAAAAAUGUAGCCCACACUAUCUACAGUUGGAGUAACUGUGAAAGUACGAAGAACGUGAUUAUAGCUGGGUGGGAGGGUACUUCUAGAUAUUGGUGUGUGGAAAUCCUGAAUGUAGUUGUUGUAGUCAUAGCUAAAUACUAUAGGAGAUAUGGUGUUUAUUAAGAUAAUAUAUUCCCCAGUGCCAUAUUCAGCGGCGACGAUACUGGUGAUUGGCUCAUCCGAUAUUUUCGUCUUGUAUGAAGGUAUGGAAAUGUCAUCUAUGUUUUCUUCCUGUCGCUUAAAUGGAAGGAUAUAUUCGGCAAUGGAACCAUCGGUUGUCCCCACUAGAAUUUUGUCAAUACCCAAGAAUUCAAAUGAAAUUAUAUUAGUACAAGGAUCUGAUUUCUGAGGCUCUGAUGACUGCUGCGAGACAUACAGCAAAGAUGUCUGGUCUACUUUAGCAUACUGUGGUAAGUUCUUGGUGAUUCUAAAUAAAUGAAGUUUCCCAUCCGUGAAACUUGCAGCUAGUACUCCCAAAACGUUCCCUUCUUCAAGGUACAUUGGGCACCAAGUCAAGUCACAAGUUGCCCCAAGGUUAGUAGUUACCAACAUAUGUUCUAAAGUUAAUUCAUUGGUGUUUAAAUCGUGUUUCCAUAUCUGUAUGGCGGAAUUGAUUUUAUGAUCGGUGGUAUUCCCAUCGUACAUGCUUAGUUCUGGAUUUAGGAUGCUGUCACCUACACCAUUGGGGUUGUUG